AUGGCUUCGUUCUCUUCUGACUCUAUCGGAUAUCACGAGACCAACGAUAAGGAAGUCACGGUCAAACUACCAGAUCUGUUCCACUCCUUUCUCAAAGAUCCUCCAGUCUUAAAUCCUCACUACGAGGAGAUAGGAAAAGAAUCCGAGAAAUGGCUCUCCAGAUUUUGUUCCUUGGCCCCUGCUAUGCAGAAAAAGAUCAAGAAAUGUGACUUUUCUUAUUUCGUUGCAAUCGCCGCGCCAUACGCCCCAGCUACGAAGUUUCGUAUCAUGUGUGAUUGGGGUAACUGGGUGUUUCCUUUUGAUGACAUGUUUGACGACGGUAACCUUCGCAAUGAACCUGAGAAGUCUAAGCACAUUAUGGCUAGCUUUUUGCAGCCAUUCAAUGGAGACCAGCCCCGAGACGAUGAGAGGAUGCGCAUUGUGGAAGCCCAUGAUGAUUUGGCAAAGCGAAUGUUCUUUGCAUGCUUACCAGGUGUAAAACGUCGCUACAUUCAUACAAUGCAACUGUAUGUCCUUGGCGUGUUGGCACACGUCUGCGAUCAUGGAGCGAUUGAAAAUACUUCAUUUGAGAAAAUGAUGGAACUACGUCGAGACUCUAUUGGUGCAGCUCCUCUGUAUCACCUCAUCGAGUAUGCUCAUGAUCUUGAGAUCCCGGAUGAGGUUUUUGAAUAUCCAGUCAUUGAGGAACUUGGGAACUUAGGUGCGGAUAUUGUCUUUAUUACCAACGAUAUUGUUUCCUAUCGAAAGGAAGAGACGGAGGGAAUUCCAGAUAAUAUAGUUGCAACUUGCCGUCUCGACGGUAUGUCAGCCCAACAAGCGUUUGAUACUGUUGGAACACUUCUUGAAGAGCAAUUCAAAAGAUGGGAUAUUGCCGAAGCGAGCGUUCCUAUCUGGGGCGAGCCUGUUAACAGCCAUGUCAAAAAGUACAUUGACGGAAUCAAGGCCGUUGUCAGGGCCAACUUAUACUGGAGCUUCAGGACGGAUAGGUACAUGGGCCAGGACCCAGAAGAAGUCCGGCGGACCGGACUGAUCACUGUCCUAGAACACCCACCAUAUCUAAACAAAAAAACAUGA